GGGGAGAGAGAAUAAAGUGCCUGUGUGUGCAGCAGGGGGACGCCACACUCUCUGAAGAGCUCUCAGAGAGCAGAGCACCUCGGACACUCUUGUGAGACGAGUAAAGUUACCGAGCCGCCUUCCACCAGAAAACCACCGUCUUUGAACAAAGUGGACCAGUCUGCACUUGUGAUCAUUUGUUUCUCCCGACACGCAACAUACUGUUCGAACUGCGCGUACUGGCGACCAAAAGCGCUGACGGAUCCGUACGUUUAUGACAGAUGGACUGACUCACACCUGAGAUGUGAAGUGUGUUAUGUGAUCCAAGGUGUUUUCCCACCUCACUGGUGGUGGGGAGAGAUGCUGCACUCCGUUGCCAUGACAGCAGAGGUUCUCUUUGUUCUCUGGUUCCUGAUGAGUGGUGCUGAGAGUAAUCCUAUAACGACCCUACCAGUUAGCCGUGAACGUCUGGAAAGAGUGUUGACCCAGGCUAGGGAGGACAAAGCGGUCCCCAAGCAGCUGCAGCCCGAGGACAACGAUACUUUGGGUCUGAACAGAACCGGCACAAGCCGUGUCAGGUCGAACCUUAGAUCUAAGGGUGGGAAGUCCCAAGAGCUGUGGAGUGAGCAAGAUACCUUCAACCAAAUAGACGUGGGCCCCACAAGUGACGUCACCUUGUCCUCGGAAGCCAUUGACGAGUACGCCUACCCGGACUACAGGGGUAAAGGCUGCAUGGACGAGAGCGGUUUUGUAUUCUCAAUCGGUGAGCAAUUCACCCCAGGCCCGUCCACAUGCCCUUGCCUCUGUACAGAUGAAGGUCCUCUGUGCAGCAAGCCUGAUUGUCCCAGGGUGCACCCUCGCUGCAUUAAAGUGGACACAAGUCAAUGCUGCCCUCAGUGCAAGGAGAAAAAGAACUACUGUGAAUUUCGUGGAAAGAUCUACUCUUCGCUGGAGGAGUUUAAGGUGUCGCCGUGUGAGAAAUGUCGAUGUGAGCCAAGCGGAGAGGUGCUGUGUUCUGUUUCGGCCUGCCCUCAGACAGAAUGUGUGGACCCGGAAUAUGAGCCGGACCAGUGCUGUCCAAUCUGCAAAAGCGGACCCAACUGCUUCGCAGACACAACGGUGAUACCGGCCGGACGAGAGGUGAAGAUCGAUGAGUGUACAAUCUGCUACUGCACAUAUGAAGAGGGCACAUGGCAGAUCGAACGCCAGGCCUCCUGCAGUAAGAACGAAUGCCAGCACGGUUAGAGACUGGCGCGGUGAGAGGAACAUUGGCAUGCGACACCAGCGAACACUUGGCCUUUCACCCAGACUUCCGGACAUCAGGGUCAGCCGGCUCAGCAUUUGGAGUCUGUACUAAGCAAAGGCUUUUAUGGAGAUUUAUAAAAUGCGCAUAGAAUAUUUAUUUAUAUAUGUAUUGAAUUAUUUAUGAAUAUAUACAAAUACGGUCUAAAUGUCAUGAUGCUGAACAAGGGACUCAUAUUUUUAUAUAGGCUCUGUACUUUAAUAAUUGUCAUUGACUACAAAGAAACACAAGCGAAUGUAUAGAACACACACGGCUGUCUUUGGAGGCUGAAAGUCUUCAGAAUUCUGACAAGCCCUGAAACCUCCUCCUUAACUGCCAUUCAUAUGAGCAGCCAGCUCCAUCUGAGGUUACCUGCCGGGCACUACUGUUCAAGGUGAUCAAGCUAAAAGUGAAAUUAAAGAUGACUUGACUGUUUCUGACUUGUACUACGAUAUGUUAUUUAGUCUCUUUGGGUGUUUCAAAUGUGCUUUGAUUUUGUAGGUGUUUUUAUUUUUUGCUUUUUUAUCUUGGUGCUCUAUGUUCCUGUUUCAAAUAAACAGCAACAGUCUGUGGCUCUGCGGGUUUGGCAUGAUGCUUCUGAUCAGCCUGUAUGAAACCCGGUGCUUGUUUACUGACCACCAAAUGACUAAAAUGUUUGGUUUCGGUGAAGUCGUGACAUGGACCUCAGAUAUGAAUAAACUCGGUGACAUUUUGGAGCUCCUUGAAUGUCACCCAAAACAAAAA